AAUGAAGACGGAAGAGAAGAGUUACGAGCGGAUUAACAACCAGCUUGACGGAACGCGCGGCUGGGUCGUCACGGCCGCCUGUUUUAUGGCUGCCUUUUUGACCGAUGGCAUCACUUUCUGCUUUGGACUUAUCCUGUUUGAACUCAUCCAAGUCUUUGACGAGCCCGUCGAAAAAGUCGCUUGGAUCCCUUCAUUCCUAUUGGGCAUUCAAUUGCUCUCAGGUCCACUGGCGUCUGCCCUGAGUAAUCGUUUUGGAUUUCGCGUCGUCAUCGUUUCCGGGAGUUUCCUGGGCUUCGCCGGACUCACUUGCUCAUCGUUUGCCCCUUCCGUCGACGUUUUAUUUCUCACCAUCGGUUUAAUGUGCGGCGUAGCUUUCGGACUGGUGUGGACGCCGGCCGUUGUGGCCGUCAGCUAUUUCGAAAACAGGCGAUCGCUGGCGACAGGUUUUGUCAUGUGCGGAUCCGGAAUGGGCACAUGUGUAUUCGCGCCCUUCAUCUAUUGGUUAUUAGAAAAUUAUGCACUGCGAGGGACCUUUCUCAUUUUGGGUGCGUUGUAUUUGAAUUGUGCAGCGGUAGGAAUGUUCUUCCGCCCGAUGAAACGUGGUGGAAGAAACAAUAAGUCGUCACAGCACGGCACGGCCAUUACCCUCAAAGUCAUGGAAUCCAAAACCACGCGAGACCUGCUGGAGAAUUCCGAUCCUUUAAUAGUGUCGCUGGAUCGAGGCCAGCCCGAUAUGGUGGUGGAAGACAGCAUCGUCGAGGAAGAAUUGCGAUCGACAGAUUUGACAUCCGCUCACGACGUCCCUAAGCAGGUUCUCGAGGCCCUGUGUACAGAUCAAAUUGAAUCUUCAAGAAAUCGAUCCAUCUUCAAGUUUUCCCUCUUCCGCUCGCCCUCCUUCGUUCUGGUCUGCACUUCCAGUUUUGUUCAAUUGCUAGGAAGUUUCGUCCCCUACGUGUAUCUCACAGCUUAUGCAAUCGACGUGGGCAUCUCCAAGGAAGCGGCCUCGUUUUUGCUGUCGAUCGUGGGCGUCACUAACACGGUUGGAAAUAUUGCCGUCGGGGCUUUGACAAGCCAUCCUAAGGUGAGCGUACUCCUGACUAACAAUAUCGCCUUAUCGCUGGAAGGCUUGCUAUUAAUUGCGUGCCCGCUCUUCACCACGUAUGGCACUCUGGUUUUCUUCGCCGUCAUGUACGGAUUGUGCUCGUCUUGCAUUUCGGUGUGCCGUCCUAUUUUGAUGGGCGAAAUGCUGGGCUUUGACAACGUGAACAAUGCCUUCGGCUUUGUCCUGAUGUUUUAUGGAUUGGCCAGCUUCAUUGGUAUUCCCCUGGCUGGUCAUUUAUACGGGACUUACGGAGACUACCACGGCACAUUUUAUUUCGCUGGCUCUGUUGUUUUCAUCGCCGGCGCUAUUUGCUAUCCUCUUGCCUGCGUCAACAGAAAACCAAGUGAAGGGGCUUGAGGAAUCAUGGACUAAACAAUUUCUUGUAAUAUUAUUUGAGCAGUUUCCGGAAAGCUGCAUUUCAAUCACAUUAUUACAAAAUAUUUAAAUAUUAUUUGCCGUCAGUUUCCAAUAAACAAUCGUGUCA